CGCCAACUCGUCGUUCGUUGAACGUGUUAAGAAGCGCGGUUUCGAAGUCGUUUACAUGACAGAACCAAUUGAUGAAUACGUCGUUCAACAAUUAAAAGAAUACGAUGGAAAACAAUUGGUUUCUGUUACAAAAGAAGGUCUAGAACUUCCAGAGGAUGAAGAUGAAAAGAAAAAACGCGAAGAGGACAAAGCCAAAUUCGAAGGUCUUUGCAAAGUAAUGAAAACCAUUUUGGAUAAUAAAGUCGAAAAAGUCGUCGUUUCAAAUCGCUUGGUUGAAUCCCCCUGUUGUAUUGUAACAUCUCAAUACGGCUGGACAGCUAAUAUGGAAAGAAUUAUGAAGGCUCAAGCACUUAGAGAUACUUCCACUAUGGGAUAUAUGUCUGCUAAGAAACAUUUAGAAAUUAAUCCAGAUCAUCCAAUUGUGGAAAAUUUGAGACAAAAAGCUGAAGUUGAUAAAAACGACAAAGCUGUAAAGGAUUUGGUUAUUUUACUCUUCGAAACUGCUUUAUUGAGUUCUGGAUUCACUUUGGAUGAACCUCAAGUUCAUGCUUCUAGAAUUUACAGAAUGAUCAAAUUGGGUCUUGGAAUUGAUGAAGAUGAAAUGGUUGUGGAUGAUUUGCCGGCUGGAGAUGCACCCACCACCGAGGGUGAAUCUGAAGAUGCUUCUCGUAUGGAAGAGGUUGAUUAAGAUGUUGGGUUUGAAGAGAUUUAGAAGAAUUAAAAUUCAAGAAGAAUGAUGUUCAAGUAAGAAAAGGUAUUUAAUUUAGGGCAUGUGUUCUAAGAUGUUCUAAUUCUCUCGUUCAUUCCCAUUUUUUUUUUGUAUAUUUAUUGUUUGUAUACAAUAUAACAACUAGACUGUGUUUUUAUUUUUAGUUUUCCAUCUUGAUUACGAUUUAAAUGUAAGAUACUCGUACCAAAUAAAAUAUAAAUGUUUCAUUUGAA